AGGAGGACAUUGAAAUUAUUAACAACGACUUUGGUCACUUACGCGAUGAGUUUGAUGCGCUUAAAAUUCUCACGAGUAAUCAGAUGGUUUCCAUUGUGGAACGCUCUAUCCCAAGUGACGCAGCGACCCGAGUUCGACGUCAAAUAACUGUGAACAUGGGUGGAGAUAUAAGAGUCCAGGACCUCACGGUCAAACAAGACUGUGAUGGAAUUCUCAUGCAGUGGAAUCGGCUCAAUUUGCCUUACAGUCCAAAGAAACCAACACAAAACAGUGAAUUUAGUCAUUUUAACAUCUAUCGGAAAACGACUUAUUUUGACAACGUAUCCGGUAUGACACCCCACGUGUCGGGAAGACAGGAUCCUUCCCUUCAGAACCCGGGAAAAACCAGCUACAAGGACUUGUACCCACCGGUUAAUGUAGACCUCUACUAUGCAGUGACAAUGGUAAACGGAGAAGGCCAGGAGGAGAAAUUGGUGGAUUCUAAAAAGGUUUCCUUCGUAGGAUCAGUGAAAAGGACAGGAGCUUUGUUUAAACUGGUUCCAGGCUUUCUCAGCCGUUUAGGGAAAGUGUUGCAUCAUAGCACCGCAUGGAAUCCGAAACGAAACGAGUAUCUUGUGGCGUUUGAUUUUGACGUAGACGGAGAUAAUCUUCCCGAUCAGCUGUUUGCUUUGAGGGCCGACACCAACAGCAGAAUAGUGGACAAACGAGUGCUGAAUUUUACUGCAAAUCUCAACAAGAAAGCCGCAAAUCAAGGCUGGCCAAGUGUAGCGUACAAUGAUAAGGCAGAUGAAUACAUGAUCAUCUUCCAGUUUCGCGCUGGUGUUUGGCAGUACUUCAACCACAAAUAUAUAAUAAUAAGCCAGAGAGUGAGGAGCUGGCAAACCGAGAGAGCGGCCGGGCCUUCGCUGUUCGUGAAGGGAACCGGAAAGGGAGGACCACGUGACUGGGUGGACGCCAUAAAUCCCCUAAUCAAGUAUAACAGUGCCACAGGUGGUUACGUUGGAGCCGUUGUCUUGGCACACACUCGAAAAGAAGUGAUAGGUUUGUUUGUCGACGCCAGAGGCAAGAUACUCAAGGCUGACUCCGUCUGCAGCUUUAAAGGAAAUGCCUACGAGCCAAACAUCUUCACUGACUCAAAACGGAACGAAUUUUUCUUCACUUGUACGGUUCAGGGUGGAGGAGUGGCCAACGCCGAUUUUAAUCUGCGUCCAGGCCUCAAUAUGGUGGUUCUCACCAAACGCGAUGCUAAAGGCGCGCAUGCUUCUAACACAGAGACCGCUGAAACAAAGAACUUUGUAGGUUACACUAAUAACACGCUGGCAAAGACCAGCGGUUACUACAAUGAACGUACUGACAGACUUAUCUUGUUUUGGGAAGACACUGACGCAGGCAAACCCUUCAUUGGAACAGCCUCUGUUCUGGUGACCCGUAAGCGCUAUGUACGAGAAGUGAAGCCGUACAGUUGCCUGGCAAAAAGGCGCGCAAGAACGCCAUCGGCCGUGUACUUUCCUCCAACUGGCAACCACAUCCUGUUUUGGCAGGAGCAAGGGAGGGGAACCUGGGUGAUUGGGGGAGAACUCCUGCAAGGUACCUUGCAACUUGCUUUUGGAAGGAUGCAGAAAGACCCGGUCACACUGUACAACAGCAGAAGCGAAAAGGCGUUCGUCACGUGGCAAGAAGCUGGGGUUAUCCUGUCUUAUCACGUUGGAGAGGCCACACGACCUCUGUGUGAUCCGACAUGCGUGUCGCAACAGACAUGCGCAUUGCAAGAUACGUGUGUCUCUUCGGUUGGAGAUUCUUGUUCGACAAACAAUGGCGGCUGUAGUCACGUGUGUACUUCGUUACGUCACUGGAAGGUUCAGUGCUCGUGCCCAGGGAACAUGCAGCUUAGGGACGACGGGAAAACCUGUCAGGAAAUUCCUCCCUGCCAUGGUCUGACUCCCUUGACGAACCCGAGAACUCGAAGAGAUUAUUUCUGCGGAGGGCGUUCAAGACACAUCUGUCCUGCUAACUCCUACUGCCACAUUUCACCUUCUGAUGCCUUUGCAAAGUGCUGCUCAGCUCCCCUACCCAGUUAUUCCAUAAUAGUCGCCUCUCCUACGGCAAUAUGGCAGCUGUUUAUGGACACAAAGCAAAACAGAAUGACCACUCAAAAAUUGCAGAUCAACGAUCCCGUCAUGCUUGUUGCGCUGGAUUACAACCCAAUAGAUAAACCGAUUUACUGGAGUGACGUCGACGAUAAAAAGAUAAAGCGAAUGUCCGUGACCGGAGUCGGGGGAGAGGAAAUAAUUGCCUGGAGAAACGUUGGAAAUGUGGAUGGAUUGACACUCGAUGCUGAAAAUGACUUGAUAUACUGGACUGAUGCCACGUCCUUGAGUAUAGAGAGAGCGAACACGAAUGGUCAGGGACGCGUGACAUUACUGAGUGGCUUAGAUAAGCCAAGGGCAAUUAUCCUUUACAAGACUAGAGGGUUGUUUUGGAGUGACUGGGAUACAGGUGGCAUUCACUCAGUUGAUAAACAAACUGGUAAAGACUCGUUGAAGGGAAAACGCGCGUGA